GACGCAGCGCCUCACGCUGCAGUCACUGUCAUGCUAUUACUGUCAAUGUCAUAGUUACGCGCCAAAACUGUUGUUUGCGGCGUUGUUGUGUUGUGCUUUGUAAUUUAGGCUCAAGAUAAUUAUAAAAUUAAGUAACAAUUCGGUUAUUAUAAACAAUUAUUCAAUAAAAUGGAAGGAUUUGAUGAUCCCGGUGUUUUCUUCUCGGACAACUUUGGAAUCGAGGAAAAUGAAUCUCAAGAUCAAGUUAACCUACAAGCUGUAAAGAAGAAGUUCAAAGAAUUCAUUCGUCAAUUUCAUGUUGGAAAUUUCAACUAUAAAUACAGAGAUGCUCUUAAACGUAAUUACAACCUGGGCAAAUACUGGGUUGAAAUAAAUAUAGAAGAUCUAUCAAGUUUUGAUGAAGUUCUUGCUGAAAAACUGUACAAGAAGCCGAGUGAACAUCUUCCAAUUUUAGAAGAGGCUGCGAAAGAGUUGGCAGAUGAGCUGACAGCUCCACGGCCUGUCGGUGAGGAGACAGUUGAAGACAUACAGGUGCUUCUGUCUUCUGAUGCACACACAUCCAAUCUAAGGGAGCUGAAAUCAGAAACCGUUUCUCGUCUGGUAAAGAUUCCCGGCAUCGUGAUAUCGGCAUCCGGUAUCAAAGCCAAGGCUACAAAGAUCUCUAUCCAGUGCCGCUCGUGCCGUACCGUCAUCCCCAACCUGCCGGUCAAGCCUGGCUUGGAGGGCUAUGUCAUGCCAAGGAAAUGUAACACGGAGCAGGCUGGUCGACCAAAGUGUCCAUUGGACCCUUAUUUCAUCAUUCCAGAUAAAUGCAAAUGCAUUGAUUAUCAGGUGUUAAAGCUACAAGAAGCCCCCGAGAGCAUCCCGCAGGGCGAGAUGCCGCGCCACCUGGCCGUGUACUGCGAGCGCGUGCUGUGCGAGCGCGCCGCGCCCGGCGCCAGGGUGCAGGUGCUCGGCAUCUAUUCCAUCAAGAAGAUCGCCAAGCAGGGGAGGGAAGGGCGCGGCGAGAAGAGCGUGGGGGUGCGCUCGUCGUACCUGCGCGCCGUGGGGCUGGCGGCCGCCGAGGGCGCGGCCGGCGGCCUGCAGCCCUUCACCGCCGACGAGGAGGAGCAGUUCCGGCGCCUGGCUGCCUCACCUGACAUCUAUGAAAGGAUCUCCAUGUCCAUAGCGCCUAGUGUGUUCGGCGCUGUUGAUAUGAAGAAGGCGAUCGCGUGUCUUCUGUUCGGUGGUGCGCGCAAGCGGCUCCCAGACGGGCUGACCCGGCGCGGCGACAUCAACAUCCUCCUGCUCGGCGACCCCGGCACGGCCAAGUCGCAGCUGCUCAAGUUCGUAGAGAAGGUGUCGCCCAUCGGCGUCUACACGUCGGGCAAGGGCUCCAGCGCGGCCGGGCUUACGGCUUCUGUCAUCAGGGACCCAGGCAGUCGCAACUUCGUGAUGGAAGGCGGUGCCAUGGUGCUCGCCGACGGCGGCGUGGUCUGCAUCGACGAGUUCGACAAGAUGCGCGAGGAUGACCGCGUCGCCAUACACGAGGCUAUGGAGCAGCAGACCAUCUCUAUCGCCAAGGCUGGCAUAACGACCACCCUAAACUCCCGCUGCUCGGUGCUGGCGGCCGCCAACUCCGUGUUCGGCCGCUGGGACGACACCAAGGCCGACGACAACAUCGACUUCAUGCCCACCAUCCUGUCGCGCUUCGACAUGAUCUUCAUCGUGAAGGACGAGCACGACCAAAACCGCGAUAUCACGCUCGCGAAGCACAUCAUCUCUGUGCACAUGGGCGGCGACAGCGCCGAGCGCGAAACAGCAGCGGGCGAACUGCCGCUAGCGCUACUGCGGCGCUACGCCGCCUACUGCCGCGCCCGCUGCGGGCCCCGCCUCGCGGCCGCCGCCGCCGAGCGGCUGCAGGCGCGCUACGUGCUGAUGAGGACAGGCGCGCUGCAGCACGAGCGGCAGGCGGACAAGCGCCUGUCCAUACCCAUCACUGUCCGACAACUCGAAGCCAUCGUCCGCAUCUCCGAAUCCCUCGCCAAGAUGCAGUUGCAACCAUUCGCGACUGAAGCGCACGUGACCGAGGCCCUGCGCCUGUUCCAGGUGUCCACGCUGGACGCGGCCAUGACUGGCAGCUUAGCAGGUGCUGAAGGCUUCACGACCGAAGAAGACCACGAGAUGCUGUCCCGCGUCGAGAAGCAACUCAAGCGGCGCUUCGCAGUCGGCUCCCAAGUGUCGGAGCAGACCAUCAUACAAGACUUCCUGCGCCAGAAGUACCCGGAGCGCGCCAUUCAGAAGGUCAUACACACCAUGAUCAGGCGAGGCGAGCUGCAGCAUCGCUUGCAGAGGAAAAUGCUGUACAGACUUUCUUGAUUGUAUGUUUGUUGUGUUUGUCUUGUGGAGAAAGUGCCCUUAUUGAAAGUGCCUCUAAUAAAAAUACAGGGAGAAUAACGGAAUUUCGCCGGUUAAAUAGAGACGUCCCCAUCGCGGCCAAAUCAUCUCAUGUAAAAUGGAUCAGUAUAAGGAAAAAGGGAGGAUUUUUCGAAGGCGCUUGCGUGAGGUCACGCACGUAUCCUUCGAUAAGGCUGCGUUUCCACCAGAGAUGUGCGAGAUGCUAGGUAAGCGGUGCGAGGCUGUGUAGCGCGCUCUUUUCAAAUAAGCGCGGUACGUCUCGCGACGUCACCCUCGCACACAUCCUUCCCUUGUUGUGUAUGCACAAAACCACGCCCCGCUGAGCUGUUUUCACUAGAGCCGCGGUGACUGACACUGAGCUAGGAUAUUUAUAUAUAGUUUCUAUUGGUUCAUGACAAACAUCCCUCGCUACAUAUGCUCGUACAUCUCUGGUGGAAACGCAGCCUCAUACGUCCCUUCUCCUUGAUAAAAUAAACGAAUUUUUAGAAACGUGCGUAGUAUGACCGUUCCCCGCGAUAUCAUCUGUAUUUUUAUGACGCACUCGCCGACCUAUUUUUUAAGUUUGUGUUAAUUGUAAUCGAAAUAAAACCACCUCAUUUUGUAAA